UUCAACUGUCAACUCUUUUACGUUCACGCUUGCUGCGUUGCACGUGUAAUUUGUCGAAAGAGCUCGAUAACUGAAACAAAAUGGACAAACCAAACGUUCUCGCCCGCGUCAUGAAAGUUUUGGGCCGUACCGGGUCCCAGGGACAGUGUACCCAGGUCAAAGUUGAGUUCCUGGGAGAGACCACCCGUCAGAUCAUCAGAAACGUGAAGGGACCCGUGCGCGAGGGUGACAUCCUAACCCUUCUAGAGUCUGAGCGUGAAGCCAGAAGACUAAGAUAAACGGUGUGGAGGUGUUAUUUUAAUAGUUUAAGGAAUGUAAACCGAUAAUGUUGUUCUACUAAACCGUCAAAGAUGAUCUUUAUAUGUAACAGCUUAUAAUAAACUCAAUAUUAUUCA